AUGAGAUUGUUUUUAUUUUAUUUGAUGAUAAUUUGCUAUUCAAACUCUAAGCCUAUUAAUCUUACUUAAGAGGAUUCUUAAAAUGUUAAAAAUAGUUUUGUAUAUUUGAAUAAUCUCUCAAAGACAGAUGGAUGCGCUUAUUAGUUGAUAAAGGAUAUUUCUUCAGAUUGCAAACAACUUUCUGAGGAUUAAAAAAGUAGAUUAUCAUUAAAGCUAACGAAUUGUUUGCUAAUCCGCUCUAGUAAAAGACAAAUUGUUUGUUCAGAUGAUGUGUAGUUUGAAAUUUGUUCUUAGGAAUUAAAUGGGGAUUCAUGGAAUACAUAUUCUAGCUUUUACAUGCAUAUAGACAACAUUUGCUUUUACUACCAAGCACUGAAUUGGUAGAAAGAAACUUAAUAAUUGAUAUCUAAUUUGCUUGAUAAUUCUGAUAAAGCAAAUUUACUUAUAUUAGAAGCUUUGAAUAAUUCUCUAUAAAUGAAGAAUAUACAGAACCAAAUUCACUAACAAAUGUAAAACCAAUUUUAGUUAUAAGAAGAGGCAAACAGAUCUAUUUAGGAAAAUAAUACAAACCUUGAAAAGUUAAAAAAGUCAAUUAGCACAUCAUUCGAAUAGAUAGUAAAUCAAAUUUUAAUUCAAUCAGAUAAAGUUAGUAAGGUACUAAGUGAUCUCUUUGAAGGACUGAAUGAAAUUAAAAUAGCAUAACAAUGGAUAACAAACAACUUUUUUGAUUUAUCAACUUUUCUUUUUUAUUUUGGUUUCUCUUUUUUAUUGAUGCUUUUAACUUCCUUUAAAAAGCUAUGCUAAUGUCGAACAAGUUCACUUUUAUUGCUUUGGAUAUGUUUUAUUAUUGAAAGAUUGUUUUUAAGGAAUGAUAUUUUUUUCAUAAACUCAUCUUACUUUCAAACAACAUUUAGAUUCAUUUUAUGCAUGUUACAGCUAUUCAUAUUAUCAAUAACAUAUAAAUCAUACUAAGACUUUAGUAGACUUAAUUACCAAUAGAUUUAAGAAAUUUAAACUAAAUUAAAUAUGCUUAAUUCUGAUAAAAUAAAAUACAAAAUAAAAUCAUGCCUACUGAGCUUAACAAAAGACAUGAAGAAGUACCAAUAACAGAUUUCUAAUCCUUAAAAAAAGUUAGAAUUUUAAGACGAAAAUAGAAGUUUCUCUGAUUUUCCAAAAUGA